UUUCCAUUUGUAUUUUCGUCUCAAUCUCUUGUUUCUCAUUCCAUACCUCCUGAGUCGUGAAAAACAGUCUCUACUGCUUGUUUGCAAACCCCUCUUUCUCUCUCUGAAAGCUACUUCUCUUUUUCUAUAAAUAUAUAACCUCAUGAUGAUGAUAUACUACUAGUAUUCCACCACCUCUCUCUCUCUCUCUCUCUGUGAAAAGUACAUGACAAAAAUGUCUCUAUAUAGACAUCUUGUUCAACUAUUCAUUGUUUUGGUGUUUUGUUCAUCUUGCAUUAGCAGUACUUUAGGGGACCAACUUUUUAUAAAUGAUGAUCAACUUCACAGUUUGAAGUAUGAGACUGAGACUUUUGAUCUUUCAAGGCUUUACAACCAAGUUGGUCUCCCUACAGGAUCUCCAUAUAUGGUGAAUGUAGAUGACUUUGGAGCUAAAGGUGAUGGAACAGACGAUUCAGAGGCAUUUAGGAAAGCUUGGGAGGAGGUUUGUUCUUACAGCAAUAGCGUUCUUGUGGUACCGGAGGACAGGAUAUAUCAUCUUAAGCCAAUCAAUUUUUCAGGUCCUUGCAACUCUCAUAUUUCAAUGAAGAUCGAUGGAACCAUCAAAGCUUCCGUCAAUCCAUCGGACUAUGAACAUAGUCCACAACACUGGCUUUUAUUUCAAAAUCUUCGAAACUUUGAGGUAAAAGGUGGUGGAACCAUCAACGGAAAUGGGAAGAUAUGGUGGAAAAAAUCUUGCAAAAUCGACAAAAGCCGACCUUGCACGGAUGCACCAACGGUUGCAACGUUUCUUGGAUGCAAGAACUUGAAAGUGUCUGGGCUACGGGUUCGAAAUCCGCAGCAAGUACACAUUUCAUUUCAGAAAUGUGUUAAUGUUAAAGCACGGAAUCUCAUAAUAAUUGCACCGGGAAAUAGUCCUAAUACUGAUGGAAUUCAUGUCACUGGUACCCAAAAUAUUCAGAUUAUGAACUCCAUCAUUAAAACAGGUGAUGAUUGUAUUUCAAUAGUAAAUGGGUCAAAAAAUAUCAAAGUCACAGACAUAACCUGUGGACCAGGCCAUGGAAUCAGCAUUGGAAGCCUAGGAAAAGGUAACUCAGAAGCCAGGGUCUUAGAUGUGAGUGUCAACAGAGUAAAGUUUUCAGGAAGCACAAAUGGAGUUAGAAUAAAGACUUGGCAGGGCGGAUCUGGAUUUGCAAAAAAUAUCAAAUUUCAAGAUGUUUUAAUGCAUAAUGUGAGCAACCCCAUAAUCAUAGAUCAAAAUUACUGCGAUCAAAUCAAACCAUGCGCGAAACAGCCCUCAGCAGUGCAGGUAGAGAAUGUGUGGUACAAGAACAUCAGAGGAACAAGUGCUUCAAAGGUGGCCAUACAACUUAACUGCAGCAAAAGCCUCCCAUGCAAGGGGAUUGUUUUGCAAGACGUUAUUCUAGCUGCUACCCAAACCGACCAAAACGCGAUAGCUUCGUGUGAUAAUGUCUAUUUAGCAAGUAGGGGAAGAGUUUCGCCACCGUGCUCAGAAUCAGAAUAGAACAGAAAUGCUCAUGAAUAUUUCUCAUAAAAUUGUUGGGUUAUUAUGUAAAUUAUGAGAAAUUCUAUUCAUGCAUAAAAUUCAUAUAAAAAACUUGACAAGAAUGAUGUGGCAUUGCCAUUAUUGUAAAUAAUUUGUUCUGCAAUUGUGUUUUGUUUUGAAAUG